GCUCAGUCGCGAUGCGUGCGCCGCCCGGCCCCGUGGCCUGCCUGUUGGUGGGCGCCGCCCUAGCGCACGCCGCCCUAGGCGCACUAGCCGCCCUAGGCACACUAGCCGCCCCAGGGUACCACCCCGAGGAGUACGAAGAGGCGAUUGACGUGCUGGACUACCGGAGCGUGUGCCCUACUGACCAGGUCCUGCGCACGAGGGACACCUGUCAACUGAACGGGGCCGAAGUCCCCUGCAUCAGACUGCGGUGCUGUGACACACACAGAUAUGUUUCUGGGAGAUGCAUCCCCAAUUCGAUGGAUCCAUGCAGCCUCCGUCUAUGCGAGCAGGCGUGCGAGGUGCGCGGCGAGCGGCUCUGGUGCUCCUGCCACAAAGGUUUCCAGUUCCACGAGGCGAACUACUUGAAGAAGCAGCAGCCUUACUGCGUUG